UGAAGACACAUCUCAGCGUCUAUUCAGACCCUAAUUAAACAUCAGCAUGCUAUAGGAGAACCUGCCAAUGAAUGACAAUCAGAGGAUUAGAACAAAUUUAAGAGAAAACAAAAUCAAGCCAAGCUGACUCUCCACUUGUUCUUAUUCAGUGCAUACCCUGGGGCAAUAACAGGAAAGGACAACUGUGCCAUUAAUAAGUGAGAGUGGAAAUCGCUUUCUGAUUUACCCAGUUCCUUCCAGACCUGGGGAGUGGCGAUAGCUUGUGAAUUCUGACUAUCGAUCACGCAUUUUGGAAUGAACUGGCUGCUUGAAAAGUCUAUCUUCAGGUAAUGGAGAAUGUUUGUAUAAGCUAUAUGAGUGCAGAUGAAAAUAAACAACAGGCCAUGCAAAACGUCCAUUCACAUCCAGAGGCCACACAGGAGAAAUUAAUUAUCUCCAAUGAAUGUCAGUGGAAACCUUGGAAGCCUGCUCGAUCACAAAUCAGAGCAGGCUGUGUAAGGCGUGCACGGCGUGCUAUGCUCUCUCUGGCUCAGCUGGAGUGGUACUGCUACAUUGCUCUGGGAGUUCUCACUGCUCUCAUGAGCUUCAUUAUGGACCUGACUGUGGCCAAAGUUCUGCGAGCCCACCAGUGGCUAUACAGUCGUCUGGAGGGAAAUGCCCUGCUGCAGUUCUUGUGUUGGACACUAUACCCUGCCUGCAUGUGUGCUCUGUCAGCCAGCUUCUCCCAUAGCACCUGCCCUCAGUCUGCAGGGUCAGGUCUUCCUGAGAUGCGAACCAUCAUCUCAGGCGUACAGAUGCCAGACUACCUCUCCCUCUCUAAUUUAUUUGCUAAAUUUGUGGGCAUGAUCUGUACACUAUCUGCAGGUAGCACAGUAUUCCUGGGAAAAGUGGGUCCAUUUGUCCAUCUAUCACAUAUGGUGGGAGCAUACUUGCAUCGUAUGUAUGUCUCUGCUUCUGGCCAAAACAAGAGGAGAACUCAAGGAGAGAUGCUGGUUGUGGCAUCAGGAGUGGGUGUGGCUAGCUGUUUUGGGGCUCCAAUCAGUGGGGUGCUUUUCAGCAUAGAAGUAACAGGUAGUCACUAUUCAGUGCGAGAUUAUUGUCCGUGUUUUUUUGCCACAGUCUGUGGCGCGCUUACCUUCCGCCUCCUGGCUGUGUGCAGUGGAGAGCAUGAAACAGUGCAAGCCUUGUUUAAAACCAGAUUCCCCAAUGAGCUCCCAUACCAGCUCCCUGAACUACUGAUGUUUGCACUCCUUGGACUGCUGUGUGGAGCCGUGAGCUGUGUAUACUUAUUCAGCCACCGAUGGAUUCUCCGCUUUGUCAAAACAAACAAAUUCAUCAGCAGGUUUAUAGCCACAGAGACGACACUGUAUUCAGCAGUUCUAGCUUUUCUCCUGGCCUUAGUGACCUUCCCUCACUUUGCAGGAUGUUAUAUGGCAUCCAAGCUCACAAUGAAGCAGCUACUCUUCUCUUUGCUAGAGAAUAUUCAGUGGAACUCCAUUUCCCACAAUGCUACAGUAAUACAAGAAUCUCAUCAUUUCUCCCAAGAAUGGAGUCCACCUGGAAUCAGUGUUUAUCAAACUCUUGGAUGCUUCAUUCUUAUUAAGAUUUGGCUGCUGGUCUUGGCCUGCACCUUGCCUCUGCCUGCUGGCUAUUUCAUGCCUGUCUUUGUUUUUGGUGCUGCUUUGGGCCGGUUUCAGGGUGAGGUAUUGGCCUACCUGUUCCCAGAUGGAAUCUCAUCGGUGAAUGUGAUAAACCCAGGGGGCUACGCGUUAGUGGGAGCAGGAGCUUUCGCUGGGGCUGUUACCCACACUCUCUCGCCUGCCCUCUGUGCUCUGGAAAUGACCGGUCAGUCCACUCACCUCAUUCCCAUUCUGAUUGCUACGCUGAUAUCCAACGCGCUGUCACGUUUGCGGAACCAGCCGUCCUUCUACGAUGGCAUAUCCCUCGUCAAGAAGCUUCCACAUCUGCCCUCUCUACUCAGGGCCUGUCCAAAGCUGUCCUCCAUCCAGAUUAGACAGUUUGUGGUGCCGGUAGGGUCCGUGCUCCAGCGAGGUGAGAGAGCAUUGGCAGUACAGCACAUCCUGGAGUCUAGCAUGGAAACCGACUUCCCCGUGGUGGACACACUUGAAUCCCCCACUCUCCUGGGAACGGUCACAAGAGCACACCUCCAGGCCUUCUUACUUGAAGACCAAAAUCAGGUUUCUUGCAGAUGCCUGGAGGACACAUGUCCCAUUCAACCAGUUAGGCUGCAACUUUCUACAGAAAUGACAGUGAAGCAGACUCACUGCAUCAUGAGUGUUGUGAGGGAGCACCGUCUGUUUGUCACGGAGAAAGGCAAACUCCGUGGUGUCAUCACAUGGAGUGAGAUGAAGAAAAUGAUUGAAGUGUUGGCCAAGGAAGUCUGAUAAGUGCAGAUAAAUAAAUGCUUUUGGUUCUCAUACAUUCA